AUGGAGAAAGUCGAAGCUCUCGUGGACCGCGCCAAACACCUGGCCCUCCACGAAUCACCCAAGGGCACAUUACACACUGUGGACACAUUCCACUCAAUUCUCGACAACCAUAUCCAGAAGAUCUACAAGUCUCUUGGUGCAUCUGCUCCGACAACAGAUUAUUUCCUGAAAGAGAUCCAGCAUGAUCCUGCUACCGCGGUUGUGACCGGCGAGAAACCCGUCGACGUCCUGGCGUCUGUGGAUGCCUUCCGUACGUACAUGAAAGAUGCAAACUCCUGUGCCAUGGCACCUGAACCAGGCCUAGAUAUCUCAGCCCCGCUUUCGGACUACUUCAUUUCGUCAAGUCACAAUACCUAUUUGACAGGAAAUCAGCUGUAUAGCGAUGCUGCUGCGAGUGCCUAUACCUCGGUCCUUCUCCGGGGCUGCAGGUCUGUUGAGAUAGAUGUAUGGGAUGGGGAGCUAGAAACCCCCGACUCCAGCGACGGUGAAUUAAGCAGCGACAGCAGCAGCGAUUCAGAGGCUGAACAUGGCAAGUCCAUGGGAAGCAAGCUUAAGGAAAAAGUCGGUUCAAGGAGAUCUGGUCAGGAAAAGCCUGCCAAAGGACCAAAAGAAUCGGUCGCAUCCAAAUUGGAGGCCAAAUUAGAAUCGGUCCUACGUCGCAAAUCGGCGAAGUCGCCAAAGCAAGAUAGCCAGGAGGAGACCGCUACCAGCCAUAUGCCUAUUCGAGCUGAACCUCGUGUGCUGCAUGGUCACACACUCACCAAGGGAGCUACGUUCCGCGAAAUCUGCUUUGCGAUCCGCGACAGUGCCUUUGUUGCUAGUGAUCUUCCAGUGGUAAUCAGUUUAGAGGUUCAUGCCUGUCUUGAGCAACAGCAGAUGAUGGUCGAUAUCAUGCAGGAGGCAUGGAAGGGAAUGCUCAUCGAAACCCAACAGGCUGAGGGAAAACUUCCCUCGCUCGCUGACUUGAAAGGAAAAAUCCUUAUCAAGACCAAGGGCCUUCCUCUCAGUGGUGGCGAUGAGAAGAUUGAAUCGACAGAGGCCUUGACACCGCAGAACUCCGAGGAUAAACCCCCGGGACAGCAGCCGCCGAAGCCGUCAAAGGUCCUCGGGGCUUUGGCUGACUUGGCUGUGUAUACUCGAGCAUAUCAUUUCAGCCAUUUUGAUCAACCAGAGGCAAAGGUACCUGUCCAUGUAUUCUCGCUCUCCGAAAAGUCAGCGCGAGAAGCCCACGUGAACCAUCGUGACGCCUUGUUCGAGCACAACCGCUCUUCUCUAAUGCGCAUCUACCCCUUCGCAUUCCGAGUGACUUCCUCGAACCUCGACCCAACCUUCUACUGGCGCCGGGGCGCCCAGCUAGUCGCCCUGAACUGGCAAAACCUAGAUAAAGGCAUGAUGCUCAACCACGGGAUGUUUGUUGGAUCGCACGGCUGGCGACUGAAACCCUCCGGUUAUCGCAGCAGCGAGGCCCCGACAGAUAUCAUCCAGCGCCGGAGUCUGACUCUCUCGCUCGAAAUAUACGCCGCGCAGGAUCUGUCUCUGCCACAAGGCGAUCACAGCGAAAAGGGAUUUCACCCCUACGUGAACUGCCAGCUGCACGUUGAAGAGCCGGAGGGCGAGGUUUCGCCGGAUCAGGAUGACGCAAGCUCUGAUACAGAGAAGAGUAGCUACAAGCGGUGCACGAAGAGUUCUGCGGGACGAAACCCGGACUUUGAGGGUCAGAAAUUGGAAUUCCCGACCGUGACUGGGAUCGUGGAGGAGCUUAGUUUCCUAAGGUUCAAGAUCAAGGAUGACGAGAUCGGUCGGGAUCCGUUGGCUGCAUGGGCUUGCAUCCGACUUGACCGGCUGCGCGAGGGAUAUCGGCUGGUCCACCUUCAUGACUGCUCCGGUGAAAAGACGGGGGGUGUUUUGCUGGUUAACGUUGUGAAGCAAAUCAGUUAG